AUGGCAUGGAAGAACAGCGGUGCAAUGCAAAUAUGUAGAUUUCUUCUUUUAGCAAUUUUAUUCCUGCCACGUGGGAUGACAAGUUCUGUUUUAACUGUGAAUGGUAAAACUGAGAACUAUACCCUGGACACCGAGCGUGGCUUACAAGAAUCUCUGACAUGUGCUGUUGAAAACCAUACCAGAGAGGAAGAACUUCUCUGGUAUCGAGAAGAGGACAAGGUGGAUUUGAAAUCUGGAAACAAAAUCAACUCCAGCUCUGUCUGUGUCACUUCCAUCAGUGAAGAUGACAAUGGAGUCAGCUUUACCUGUAGGCUGGAGAGGGAUGAGACUGUGUCCAUUUCAGUGAUGCUGAAUGUUACAUUUCCUCCUCUCCUAAGUGGAGAUGACUUCCAAACAGUUUCAGAAGGCAAUGACGUGAACUUGGUUUGCAAUGUGAAAUCCAAUCCCCAGGCUCAAAUGAUGUGGUACAAAGACAGUAACGUCCUGACUUUAGAAAAAGACUAUCACCAAAUCCAACAGACAAGUGAGUCUUUUCAGCUGUCAAUUACCAAAGUCAGGAUAUCUGACAACGGAACCUACAGCUGUAUUGCAAGUUCAUCUCUGAAAACAGAGACCAAGGACUUCCUCCUGAUUGUUAAAGAAAAACCUGUGGCUGUACCAACAGAAGCCAUUAUUGCUGCAUGUGUUGUGGUCUUUCUAACGUUGUGCUUUGGCCUGGUUGCUAGAAGAAAAAGAAUAAUGAAGCUCUGUAUAAAGCAUGAAGAGCCUAACAGGGGAACAUCUCUGUAA